GAGGAACGGGUGGCGGGGCACCCAGCGGGCCAGCGCCGAGCCGAGUCGCCGCGGCCACCGUGGGGCGGGGGGCGCCUGCGAGGAGGGGGUGGGAGCCGUGGCGGCCCGACCCUCCCCGCCCGCGGCGCUCCCGCUCGGGGAGCUCGUCUCUCUCCCUGCCACACAGGGAUCCGCCUGGCAGCCGCUGGUAGCCGCAGCCAAUGUGUUAGGACUUCAGGUGCUUCUUGGCACAAAGCUAGACUGCGACCUCCUACCAUAGCGCUUGGCGUCACCUGCUCUCCCGGUCCUGCCCCAGGGUCGAGGGAUUGCGUCCCGAACCGGGCUUGGGAAUCGGCUGCCUCUCAAAUGAACCCCUAGUUUUGCUUUGAAAAAAAAAACAUUUUGUGUAACUCUUGACUGUGACUAAGUUCCUAAUACACCUGUUGGAACGAUCUCUGACACAGUAUACCGUUUGAGAGGUACUUUUUUUGACCCAAUACUGGUUAUUAAAGAAGAGAGGUAUCUUGGUUUUUGUUUUUUUUCUCUGAUCAUUAUGAACAUUGGCUUUUCACCCCUGAAGUGAAAAUGUUGAAAACUGAGUCUUCCGGUGAACGAACCACUCUCAGAAGUGCCUCUCCUCACAGGAAUGCAUAUCGAACUGAGUUCCAGGCACUGAAAAGUACCUUUGACAAACCCAAGUCAGAUGGGGAACAAAAAACAAAAGAAGGUGAGGGCUCCCAGCAGAGCAGGGGGAGGAAAUAUGGCUCUAAUGUCAACAGAAUUAAAAACCUAUUUAUGCAGAUGGGUAUGGAACCCAACGAGAAUGCUGCUGUCACUGCCAAAACAAGGGGGAAAGGUGGACAUUCAUCUCCUCAGAGAAGAAUGAAGCCCAAAGAAUUUCUGGAGAAAACAGAUGGCUCAGUUUUUAAGUUGGAGUCCUCUGUUUCUGAACGAAUUAGUAGAUUUGACACAAUGUACGAUGGCCCUUCAUAUUCCAAGUUCACUGAGACUCGAAAGAUGUUUGAGAGAAGUGUGCAUGAAUCAGGACAGAACAACCGCUAUUCCCCAAAGAAGGAGAAAGCUGGAGGGAGUGAACCUCAGGAUGAAUGGGGAGGUUCCAAGUCCAACAGAGGCAGUACUGAUUCCUUGGACAGCCUUAGCUCCCGGACUGAGGCUGUCUCCCCAACUGUGAGUCAACUGAGUGCAGUAUUUGAGAACACUGAUUCUCCCAGUGCCAUCAUUUCCGAGAAGGCUGAAAACAGUGAAUACUCAGUGACUGGGCAUUAUCCCUUGAAUUUACCAUCUGUUACUGUUACAAAUCUUGACACCUUUUGCCACCUUAAGGAUUCUAAUUCCUGGUCUUCAAACAAGCAAGGUGUUGAUACAGAGGAUGCUCACAAAAGUAAUACAACUCCAGUACCAGAAGUGGCUUCUAAAAGUACCUCUCUAGCUUUGAUACCUGGUGAAGAGAUCCAGCAGAGAAAGGAAACUGAGGACGCUGCAACUAACCAACAGACUCCCGAUAGCAUUGACAAAGGCAGUGCUGAAGAACCUUGUGCUGAAAGUAAGGCAAUGCCAAAGUCUGAAAUCCCUUCACCACAGAGUCAACCAUUAGAAGAUGCUGAAGCUAAUUUGGUUGGAAGUGAGGCAGCAAAGCAGCAGAGGAAAGAACUUGCAGGUGGUGAUUUCACCUCUCCUGAUGCUUCUGCAUCCAGUUGUGGAAAAGAAGUACCUGAAGAUUCAAAUAAUUUUGAUAGUUCCCAUGUGUACAUGCACAGUGACUAUAAUGUGUAUAGGGUGAGAUCCAGGUAUAAUUCUGACUGGGGAGAGACAGGCACUGAGCAGGAUGAGGAGGAAGAUAGUGAUGAGAACAAUUACUAUCAGCCUGAUAUGGAAUACUCGGAAAUCGUUGGAUUGCCAGAAGAAGAAGAAAUCCCAGCAAAUAGGAAAAUUAAGUUUAGUAGUGCCCCUAUUAAGGUUUUCAACACAUACUCCAAUGAAGAUUAUGACAGGAGAAAUGAUGAAGUUGACCCUGUGGCUGCUUCAGCUGAGUAUGAACUUGAAAAGCGUGUAGAAAAGCUGGAACUUUUCCCAGUGGAACUAGAGAAAGAUGAGGAUGGUCUUGGUAUAAGUAUUAUUGGAAUGGGUGUUGGAGCAGAUGCUGGACUUGAAAAGUUGGGAAUAUUCGUCAAGACAGUAACAGAAGGUGGUGCUGCUCAACGUGAUGGCAGAAUACAAGUCAAUGACCAGAUUGUAGAAGUGGAUGGAAUCAGCUUGGUGGGUGUAACACAGAAUUUUGCAGCAACAGUUCUCAGAAACACCAAGGGCAAUGUCAGAUUUGUUAUUGGGCGGGAAAAACCAGGACAAGUGAGUGAGGUUGCCCAGUUGAUAAGCCAGACACUGGAACAGGAAAGGCGCCAGAGAGAGCUGCUGGAACAGCACUAUGCUCAGUAUGAUGCCGACGAUGACGAGAACACUGUGGCUGAAUUACAAGGAGUGUCUGGCAACUGCAAUAACAAUAACAACUAUUUUAUUAAGACAGGAGAAUAUGCCACAGAUGAAGAAGAAGAUGAGGUAGGACCUGUUCUGCCUGGCAGCGAUAUGGCCAUUGAAGUCUUUGAGCUACCUGAGAAUGAGGACAUGUUUUCUCCAUCAGACCUGGACACAAACAAGCUCAGUCACAAGUUUAAAGAGUUGCAAAUCAAACAUGCAGUUACAGAAGCAGAGAUUCAAAAAUUGAAGACCAAGCUGCAGGCGGCAGAAAAUGAGAAAGUGAGGUGGGAACUAGAAAAAACCCAACUCCAACAGAACAUAGAAGAGAAUAAGGAAAGAAUGUUGAAGUUGGAAAGCUAUUGGAUUGAGGCCCAAACAUUAUGCCACACAGUGAAUGAACAUCUCAAAGAGACUCAAAGCCAGUAUCAGGCCUUGGAAAAGAAAUACAACAAGGCAAAGAAAUUGAUCAAGGAUUUUCAACAAAAAGAGUUUGAUUUCAUCAAAAGACAGGAAGCAGAAAGAAAGAAAAUAGAAGAUUUGGAAAAAGCUCACCUUGUGGAAGUGCAAGGCCUACAAGUACGGAUUAGAGAUUUGGAAGCUGAGGUAUUCAGGCUACUGAAGCAAAAUGGGACUCAAGUUAACAAUAAUAACAACAUCUUUGAGAGAAGAACAUCUCUUGGCGAAGUCUCUAAAGGGGAUACCAUGGAGAACUUGGAUGUCAAGCAAACAUCUUGUCACGAUGGCCUAAGUCAAGACUUGAAUGAAGCAGUCCCAGAGACAGAGCGCCUGGAUUCAAAAGCACUUAAAACUCGAGCCCAGCUCUCCGUGAAGAACAGACGCCAGAGGCCUUCUAGGACAAGACUGUAUGACAGUGUUAGUUCCACAGAUGGGGAGGACAGUCUAGAGAGAAAGCCUUCAAACAGUUUCUAUAACCACAUGCAUAUUACCAAAUUACUUCCACCUAAGGGUUUGAGAACUUCUUCUCCAGAAUCAGAUUCUGGUGUUCCACCCCUCACCCCAGUGGCUAGCAAUGUGCCCUUCUCGUCUGACCACAUAGCUGAAUUUCAGGAAGAACCACUGGACCCAGAAAUGGGGCCUCUCUCCUCUAUGUGGGGAGACACUUCACUCUUUUCUACUUCAAAGUCUGAUCAUGAUAUAGAAGAAUCUCCUUGCUACCACCAAGCCACCAACAAGAAAAUAUUACAAGAAAAAGAUGAUGCCAAAGAUCCCAAAUCACUAAGGGCAUCCAGUUCGUUGGCGGUACAGGGAGGAAAAAUUAAGCGGAAGUUUGUGGAUCUGGGGGCGCCUUUGCGAAGGAAUUCAAACAAGGGAAAGAAAUGGAAAGAAAAAGAAAAAGAAGCCAGUAGGUUUUCUGCAGGUAACAGGGUCUUCAGAGGCAGACUGGAAAAUUGGACACCCAAGCCACGUUCAGCAGCUCAGACCUCCACUCGUUCCCCUUGCAUGCCUUUCUCAUGGUUUAAUGACAGCCGGAAAGGAUCCUAUUCCUUCAGGAACCUGCCUGCACCUGCAAGUUCCCUUCAUCCUUCUCCUGAGACUCUAAUUUCAGAUAAAAAGUGUUCCAAGGUAGAAAACACAUGGAUUACAAAAGCAAACAAGAGAAACCCAAAUCUCUCCUCCUCUUCAAUCUUUGGAAGGCAUUCUCAACUUAUGUCUGUAGUCUGGAUCCAAGAAACCAAUAAUUUUACCUUCAAUGAUGACUUCAGUCCCAGCAGUACCAGUUCAGCAGACCUCAGCGGCUUAGGAGCAGAACCUAAAACACCAGGGCUCUCUCAGUCCUUAGCACUGUCAUCAGAUGAGAGCCUGGAUAUGAUAGAUGACGAGAUCCUUGAUGAUGGACAGUCUCCCAAACACAGUCAGUGUCAGAAUCGUGCCGUUCAGGAGUGGAGUGUGCAGCAGGUUUCUCACUGGUUAAUGAGCCUAAAUCUGGAGCAGUAUGUAUCUGAAUUCAGUGCCCAAAACAUCACUGGAGAGCAGCUCCUGCAGUUGGAUGGAAAUAAACUUAAGGCUCUUGGAAUGACAGCAUCCCAGGACCGAGCAGUGGUCAAAAAGAAACUCAAGGAAAUGAAGAUGUCUCUAGAGAAGGCUCGAAAGGCCCAAGAGAAAAUGGAAAAACAAAGGGAAAAGCUAAGGAGAAAGGAACAGGAGCAAAUGCAGAGGAAGUCCAAAAAGACAGAAAAGAUAACAUCAACUACAGCCGAGGGUGCUGGUGAGCAGUAACACAUACUCUCUUACAGAUGAUGAGAUGCUCCAAGAGAAGUCCCCACCUCUUUCUGCCCUGCUCUCCUCCAGAGGAUGAAGAAAAAACUAAAUGAUAGGGGUAAUGCGGCUCUAAGACCCAUGUGAAUAACUGCAUUUUCUGCAGUAGAAUGCAUUCUUAAUUUUAACUACUAAAAUAAUCCUAAGCCACCUUUGGUUUAUUAACAAACCAGAGAUCUCAUUUAAGUAGCUGUGUUUUACUCUUCUCUAACUUACCAACAUCUUCUGUUGUGUUGGGUGUGUUUUGUCACUUGGAGAACUAGUGUGACCCCACCUAACAAGAGCAUGAGACACCUUGGUGUUGUUAAUGGAGCGCCGUGAAUUUUGAGUAUGGGAUCCUAAAAUGGCAAUUGCACAUGUCUGUAUGGCAGAGAGCAGCCUGCCAUGAGAUCUGGGACUAGUACUUAUUUCUAGGGCUGCAAAACCUACUCCAAUGUAUGAGAAAAGUUCCUUCUCAAUUCUGAGUCUGGACAGUAAGACCACUCCGCUAUGGAAACAUGGGUGCUCUGCUAUGUAGUUACCUACUAAGGGAAAAGGCAAGCAAGCCAUUCUGCUUGCUAGACAUCAGAAAGAAAGAAAAGAAUUAUAGCUAUUUAUCAACCACUGAAAAAAGCAAAAGCCUUAAGAGUGUGGAUUGGGUAUUACCUUGAGGUUCUGAGGGUAGCAUUUAUCCUCCAGAUAUAGCUGAACAAGAAAGCAAAAAUCAGACAUGAAUGCAGCCAUGGGAUAUUGGGAUCUGUUGACUUUGCUACUGCUCUGUGUUCAGUAUUUCAGCAACACUGGCAAACACAACACAGUUCCUCUUCCCCCACCCACCCCAAGAAAUUGAACAGGAAAUUGAUUUCUAAGGAAACCACCAUAUUCAGGUUUCCUCUCCUGGGGAACAUUCUGGCUGGUCUUCAGCCUACCUAUGACACAAUCAGGAACUGGUCACAUAUUUUCUACUCAAGAUUUCCCAGGUGGGCUCAGUUAGUGUUUUAACAAAUGUACUUUUAAGAAAAAUAGAAAUAUCAGUUAGAAGAAAUUUAAAUUUGAGUAACAUUCAACCAGAGAACCAAUUUUUUUGAGUACAAAGAAUGUUCCUAUAAAGAAGGAAAAAUCUCUCUCAAAUGCUGUCAGUUAACAUUUUAGAUUUUGAGUGGUUUUUCUGAGCCAUUCUUUUCCAUACCUCAAAGAUUCCCAGUUCUACAGAAAAAGUUUGUUUAAGGCAGUGCACGAGAUACACUUUAGUAGUGGAGGAACUUAUACUAAUUUUAAACCAGUAUUAAGGAUUUCAGUAUUUCACCAAACUAAGUCAAGUGCAGACUGGGGCAGAAGGAGGAGAAAAACUCAUUUUGAGAAAUUUCAUAUGAGGGUUUAUGGUUUUUUGUUUUUUAUGCUUAUGUAUCUGUUUCUUUUUGCUGCAUUGACUAAAAAUGAGGUUAUCCACUUUGUAAGGGGCAAGUUUCAGAAUAAGACUUGAGGCCACAUGAAUCUUGGACAAGUAUGUUACUUCCUUUACCUUAUGAGGAUCUCUGCUUUGUUCCCAGCAUCGUCAUAUCUUCCACUAGAAGCAUCCUAUAUGCAGAAGUUGGGUAAGACCUUUGAGCAUAACAGAUUAAGGAACUCCCUUCUAGCUCCAUCUUGUGAUUUUCUUUGUUGUUAAAAACAAUUGUUUUUGGCUUAUUUGAAAAUCUGAAUUCAGGAAUUAUUUAGACAUUUUUAAUUCUGUUCUUCCCCUAAAGAUUGUUUCCUUUCCAUUGCCAGAGUAUUGUCUGUUAUGCUUCAGCUCUUUUGUCAUUAGAUACAGACCAUUCAUCCUCAGAAACAUUGACAUGAAGUAACAUUGUGUUUUACAGUAUCAUAGUCGUCAUCAUGUUUUUCUGUCUGUCUUCAUCUGGGGUAUGAUAAUGAAACUGCCAUACUGGAUACUGUUUAAUAUCUUGAGAUGUCUGGUGCUUUGUUAUUUAUUAACAUCAUGAGAAAUAAGAAGCCACUAUUAAUGAGUGAUAAAAUUUGGCAAAACUUUUCUAAUACUAAAACACUAAAUUAGUAAAAAAUCUGGUAAUACUAGUACUUUCUAUUAUAAAUUUUUGCCAUUUUUGCUUAUCUUUGGGGAAAGAAGUGACCUGGAUCACACUGGAAGUUUCAUUGUAUUCAAGAGUAGAAAUAGAAGGAUGAUUAUCUUAAGUUAUGUUUACACUUUGGUGAUAUUUGAAAAUGGAUGUAUAUACUGGAAAUGUCUGUGUCUGUCUCUGCACCUAAUUUAUGAUCUAUUCUAUUGCAUCUUCUUAAAUGUCUUAGUAGUCUUUAUAAUUUUGUACAUUGAAUGGGUAGAUAAAUGUCCAACUGACAAUAUUAUAAAUCAAAUUCUUAUCGCUCAAAUCAUUUAGUAUUAUAACUAUUUUUGUUUUUUAAGUUAAAUUAUAGUAAUUUUAGGCCUAAAUGAGUUAUUUUAACAUUACUACUUAGAUAAAAUUGUCAAAGUCACUUGGUUUGAUUGUCCCACAAAGCAUAAGAUAUAAGCUGAUUGAUAUAAGGGUCCGAAAACGAAGUGAAAGGCCUCAGAUCUUGUGCGUAUUUUGUUUUCUAUUAUUUCUUUUAUUGACUGUAGUGCAUGAUGCCUAAUUGAGGCUCCAAUGUCUUGCGCAAUCCUACUUUAAUGCUAGUGGUUUUCAGUGUCUUUAUGAUUUAACACAGAAUUGUUACUUCAUCAACCUUAACAACUUUGCAGUUUUUUAUUAUCAGAAAAUGAACAGAAAGGGAAUAUCUGGUUGCUAUGAACUAUAUUCCCUAAAGGAGAGCUCAGUAUGACUCUAACAAUAGCCAAAAGUGUUUUGGGGUCUAGGUUAUACUACGUUGGGAGGGAAUGUGUGGUGAGGCCAAGCUGCAGACAGAAAGCAUUGUAUGAGCUGUAUCUGGGUCAGGGUUUUCCAUCAAAAGAUAUUAGUUUUAUAACAGAUUACUUUUAAGACCAUCUCCCUUCAAGUAACUCACAGUUUAUAUAACACUUAGCUCAUUCUUUUUUUUUUUUUUUUUUUUUGCCUGAAUCAGGAAUUACUGCAGAGUGUUAAGUUAGGGAAGAAACCUCAUUUCAUUCAUUCUAACACUCCUGAUGAAGUCCCCCUUUAGUUUCAUGACAAUAAAGCUGUUCUGUGGCUAUCAUCUUUAGCUGGGAUUGACAUUGAUUUCACACCCUCAGCAUCACACAAGCUUUUUUAACCCACAGCAGUUCAUGAUUGCAGUAUGAUAGGUGCUAAAGCCAAACACAGCUUUCAACCGGCACAAAAUGGGACUGUCUACCUUUUGCUUGUUUGUCGUUGAAAACAAAGUGGCAAAAGGGAAAAUGAGGAACCAAAUUUACCUUUGCCACUAUCUGUGACCCUGUAGUCAUCUCUGGCCUGAAAUCUUAAAAUAUCUCAGGCCUAGGCUACAAAAAUGGUCACAGGUAGUUUGAUCUAGCACCUCAGCCAUUUGUGCUGAGGACACAAUUCUGGGUUCAUUGUGCACCAGAAUUAACAUGUGCUUGAAAAUUGCAUUUUAUGAAAGGGAAAUGAAAUUUUGCAUUUAUAUACAUACUCUGAUUCAUGUUUAAGUGUUAAAGGUUAUGCACACUAAACUUCAAAAUGAGACCCAGAGUUUAACAAUAGUGUUCAAGAGGAUGCUAAAGGAAGUGUCCCAGCAAACCUAAGAGAACCAUCUGUGCUUGGAUAGGUUGUAGUCCCGUCAUCACACUGAGAUAUUUCCAUUUGAGUAACUAAAGAUAAUCGUGACAGAGUUGGAGAUGAGGGGAACUUUGGUGGACAGCAGUCACUAGGGUUCAUGUCACCUGCUUAAUGCAAAGACCUCAGUGGUCUCAGAAUGAAAAGGUAAAAUAGAAAAGAAAAGCACAGUCCUUUUCUAUCUUUUCAAAUUUGCUUUUAAUCAAGGAUCUGCCUGUGCACUAUUCUAAAGCUAAGAAUUUAAGGAUAAAGUCCAGAAAUAAAAUGUCCAUAUAUUUUUUUUUUCUGUCAUCUGUCACCCAGACUGGACUGCAAUGGUGGUGCCAUCAUAUCUCACUGCAGUCUCAAACUCCUGGGCUCAAGUGAGCCUCCUACUUCAGCUUCCCAAGUAUCUGGGACUACAGGCAUGUACCACCACCCCCAGCCAAAACAUCUAUAUUUUCUUUAAUUUUCUUUUUUUUUUUUUUUGAGACGGAGUCUUGCUCUCUUGCCAGGCUAGAGUUCAGUGGUGUGAUCUUGGCUUACUGCAACUUCCACCUCCCAGGUUCAGAUGAUUCUCUUGCCUCAGCCUCCCAAAUAGCUGGGACUACAGGUACCUGCCACCACACCAGUUAAUUUUUUGCAUUUUUAGUAGAGAUGAGUUUCACCUUAUUAGCCAGGAUGGUUUUGAUCUCCUGACCUGUGAUCCACCCUCCUCAGGCUCCCAAAGUGCUGGGAUUACAGGUAUGAACCACCAAAUAUCCAUAUUUGCUAUUAAAAUGGUUUACAUUAGGAUGGGGGAUGGGAAGCUGGGGGAGGACUGUACAUUCCCAAAAGAAAGCAGUGUUAUAGGAAUUCCAAAUGUGCUUCAGUGUUUCACUCCUGAAAGCAGCCUGAGUAUGUUGGCAGAUUUUGUUUGCAUUUGUCUUGCGUAUUUAAAGUCUCUGGAAAUCUUGUCUUGGUCCAAAACACUGGGGAAAAAAUACCACCAGACAAAACACAUUUGAGUAACUUGAAGUAGCAGCAUAGAAUAGGCCCAACUAAGAAGCUGGAGGGGCAAAGAAAAAGCCAACAGAAUCAGUUUCUCUUGGAAAGUGAAAGCGUUGAGUUUUAUUUAUGGUAGACAGAGGGUUCUUGUUUGCUUGUGCAUGGUGUCUGUUCAAGCCUAUUGAGAGAAUGGUAGUUACUUGAAGGUUCACAUAUGUAAGCAUGUGUGUCCAGAUCCUCAGGGUGGAGAAGGAAAGAAAUAUGAUGAUAUCCAAUGCUUGACCCUAACCCAACCCCAAAACUGCUAGGGAUUCAACAAUGAGUAAGAUGUAAGGGAUAAGAGAACUGACAACUUCUCAAUAAUGUGCAUGCCGUUUGUGUAGAUGUUCAGAACUACGUGUGUGUGAAUAUAACUCUCACCUUACACAUACACAGACACUACAAUCACAUGGCAUUAAAAAAUAUAUUGUGUAUGGAAGUUGGUAAGGUCAGUCAGGACCUGGAGUUGUAAUCAUAGCCUUAUUGCCACUUCUUGUGUUGUGUAUACAUUGAAUGGCUCAUAGAUUUUAAGAGAUUUUUUUAUUGUAUUUCUACUAAAUGCACUUAUCCUUCUAUAUGUUUAUAUAUUUUGCUAAAAUUGAUUUAUCAGAUACUUGGUAUUUUAGUAAGAAAAUUUCCUCAAAUAUUUGGUUAAUGCUUUGAUGUCAAGAUUGCAUAUUGCUGAGUUGGAGCUCAGAAGAAAUUUAUGCAGCUUUGGGCAUUGUCAACUGCAGACUGCAGUUUUCUUGGCUAAAAAUUGCACUAUAUGUUCUUGUGUAUUUGCUCACAAUUCUAAAAUGACAUAAUUGGUGACUGUGAUGCUUAAGUCACUGACUACUGGCUCUCUGAUGGUGAAUGCUGCCAUCACAUGAUCAUUUAUUUACUUUUUGUGCAAGUGAUGGCAUUUUGGUUGUUGCAAAAAAAAACGUAAGUGGUUGGGAGUGUAUGUUGUUGGAAGGUGUACACUUCUGUUACUUUCAGCUAUAUUAUUUAUAUACCCAGGUUUUCUGUUAAGGAUAUAAUUAUUAAUUCAUGAAAGAACAAUUGGCCAGAAAUAAUUAAAUUACUUUAAAAAGUGAGAAUUAAGAGGCACUCCAGCCAGAUGACACCUCCCAACAACAUGAAAUUUAGUUAGUGCACAGUGAGAUUCCUUAACUAUAUACUUAUAUUUUCUUCCACAUUAUUUAAUGUCAUAACUACUGCUUUUGUAUUUUUAAUGGUGUUGCAACCACUCAUACACCUGCUACAUCUUACUGACAAAACUGGGCAGCUGAAAAUAAAAGAGAAUAAAUUCUAUUCCACUGUAAGAAGUUGAUUUCUUUUCAGCUUUCUUUGUAUAUCAGUAAAGAACAAGAAUUGUUUGAAAAUAAUUUUAAGUCUGAUAAGUAUGAUUAGCAUGUUACCUAAGCUUUUAAGUUGUACAUUUUGAUGUCUGAUCAUUUGCAUGGAAGAGACAAUAGUGCCACGUCUGAAUUGUUCUCUUGUGCUUGGUUAAUAUGUACUUCUCUAGAUUGUUCCUUUUCAAAUGACAUUCCUUACUCUUUGGUUUUCAGAGGCAUUCAAGCAAAAUAUCACAGUGGUCCUUUGUUUUCUGACCAAUCUAACAAUACCUGUGAUUAAAUUUAAUUUGUUAAUGUAAAUAAAUUUCUUGCCAAUGAGUAUUAUUGUUGUUAGACAAUGAAUGCAAUAAAAAGAGAAAUACUGA